CCCCCCCACCCCCGCCGCGCGAGACCUAGACAUCGCGAGAAGAGCGCGCUUCCCCGGUUCUUUUGUGAAAGCUCGCGAGAGAGGCCUCUCUCUCUUUCCCUUUGACUCUGGCCCAGCAAGAUGCCUUCCAGACUGAGGAAGACCAGGAAACUGAGGGGUCAUGUUAGCCAUGGCCACGGCCGUAUCGGCAAACACAGGAAGCAUCCUGGAGGCCGUGGUAAUGCUGGGGGUUUGCACCACCACAGAAUUAAUUUUGACAAAUAUCAUCCUGGUUAUUUUGGAAAAGUUGGUAUGAGACAUUACCACUUGAAGAAAAACCAGCACUUCUGUCCUACAGUGAAUCUGGAUAAACUCUGGACACUUGUUAGUGAGCAGACAAGACUCAACUAUGCCAAAAAUCAGGCGGGAUUAGCUCCAGUUAUUGACGUUGUACGCUCGGGUUACUACAAAGUCCUGGGCAAGGGGAAACUACCCAAACAGCCUGUGAUCGUGAAAGCAAAAUUCUUCAGUAGAAAGGCAGAAGAGAAAAUCAAAGAAGUUGGUGGUGCCUGUGUGUUAGUGGCAUAAAGGAUUUUUCUAUGUAUCCAGACUUCAAUAAACACAAUUUCAGCAGUGUA